AUGAGCAACAAUAUGAUGUAUUCUGCGCACCCGUUCGUGGACCAGCACCCGCUGAUGUCCACAAGGGUUAUGAGCCCAACAGCUUCGACGUCUACUUGGACCCCUUCGAGCGGCCCGUGGAUGAUCAUUCGCACGUGCCACGCGUGCGCCGACGUGAUGACAGGGCCUACUGUCACGUGCUCGGCGUGCCACGCGCCCGUGCACAGCCACUGCGUGGUGAGGCGCAUGAGCUGCAUGGUGUGCACGAGCUGCGCCAACGAGAUGGACUUCGCCUUCGCGAACCACCAGGCGCAGCUGAGGAUGGCGAUGAGCUCCGCGGGCUUUGGGCGUUUCAUGAGCGCCAGCGGCCAGUACGCACGGCAGGCCAUCGGCGCGGUGGCCACCGGGGCCGUGGGAGGGGCGGCCAGGUUGAUGACAGGCUGCGCCUCGGGUGCCGUCUCGGCGAUCCGGGGCAUGCGCGCUGUGGAGCUGCCGAGCGCGCCUGCGCCGCAGCGCCCGCGCUUCCUCGAGCAGUUCGACAUCUCGGACGCGGGCUCGGGCAGCGGCGUGCCGACCGAGGUGGCGGACGUGAUGGCCGAGUUUAGGCGGAUGCGCGCGGAGAUGGAGGCUCUGAGGGAGGAGAACGCCAGGCUCCGAGGAGGGAGCGCAGCGUCAGCCCAAGGCGGGUACGCGACGCCUUCAUCGCCUGAGCGGCCGGCGGAGGAGAUAACCGAGGCCCAGGACGAGGGCAUCGAUGCCGUCUACGGCGCGGAUUGGUCUCAGGCGGGAGGGCCUGCCGUGAGCGGUGCUGGGGACAGUGCCGCCGAGACUCACGAGGUGAAUGCCGCGCGCGAGGCGGCUGACACGGUUGGCAAGCACGUCGAGGAGUUCUCCGACUCGGCGCAGCUGCUCAUGCCGGCAUCGCGCCUGCAGGACAUCCAGGAGGUGGUCAUCCUCAUGGCGGUGGUGUUCCUGGAGGCGCUGGUCUACCUGGAGGAGGUUUCGGGGGUCCUCCGGGAGGUGUCCCACCUUGUUCUGGCGGGCUCGGAGGGCAUGGACUUGGCCAUGGAGGUGGGUAUCCUCAUGGGCUUCGUGGCGGUGGCUUCGGACUACCAGGUGGACCUGGUGGCGGAGGUGGGCCCGGCGGUUUUGGAGGAGGACUUCCAGGAGGUGGUGGGCCCGAUCGUCCUGGUGGAUUUGGCGGGCAGCCUGGAGGCGGAGCGCGACUUGUCGCUCGAGAGCACGCUCGCGAAGUUGAGGGCGGCCGACUUGCCGCGCUUGGCUUGGAAGGGCGGCCCGGCCGCUAAACCAGGAGUCCUCGAGCAUUGGAUCCAGAGGGUGUCGCUCGACCUGGGGGGGAUGCACCACCUCAUCGAGCGCUACUGGUCGCAGGUGCUGGGCGUGGUGGUGGAGACGUGCGAGACGUAUCUCCGCCAUGGGCCCUUGGACCGCCCCGCGAUCAGGCCCAUGCAGCCUGCGCAGUUCCCCCUCGGCGAGACCGACGCCGUGAACUUCCACAGCGUGGAGCUCCGACUUCGGGGCCUGCUGCUCGCCCUCGUGCCGGAGGGCGUCAAGCAGGCAUGCCUGAGUACGAGGCAGACGAGCACCACCGAUAUCCUAUUCAGCGCGUGCGUGUCGGCUGGCCCGGGCACGGGCGCUGACAGGGGCCACGCGUUGGAGCAGGUGUCCAAGGGGAGGCACGUAGACGUGAAGUCCACCUACGACGAGCUGCAGCGCUGGAAAUUCAGCGCGAACCGCCUCGCCACGCUAGGCGUCGCGGCCCCCGACCCCAGCAAGCAGCUGUCGUCUCUGAAGGCGAUCGCGCACAAGAUGCUGGAGUCCAACGAGGAGGUGAAGCACCGCUACUUCGGCUUCCUCGUGACUCGUGGUCUCAGCGGUGGAGUGGCUAACCAGGCGCAGGUUGACGAGCUGUGGCGCUAUCUCAGCGCGGAGGCGAGGGAGUUCGCCGAUGCGGCGCCGCAGAAGGACGACCCUGCGGCGAAGCUCGCGAUAGAGCGACGUCUGAAGGGGGGGCCCAAUGGGCACCCAAAGGGAGGUAAAGGCGACCCCAAGGGUGGAAAGGGCGACACCAAGGGGAAGGACGACAAGGGCGGCAAGAGUAAGACCGACCAGAACUCGUCCAAGACUGGUGCGAAGAAGCUCUGCACCUUCUUCGAGAGCGCGGGCGGGUGCACUAAGGGGGCAUCGUGCUCCUUUGCGCACCGGAAGCUUUCUCCGUCGGAUGGGAAGUGCUUCAAUUGCGGUUCGACCGAGCAUCGCAGCGCAGACUGCACUAGGCCUCGUGCUGCCACGAAGGUUGCUGCGCCGACGCCGUCUCCGGCGAGUACUGGGGCGACUUCGGCAUCGACUGCGGCUGGCGGACCGUCGGUUGCGCAGGUAGCGGCUCAGACGGCGCGCGCCGAGGUCCGGGCUGAGCUGAUGAGCCUGAUGCAGAUGGGCUCUGGGACGCCGUCUGGUCAAGCUGGGCACGCGGACGCCGACUUCUGGAACGCCGGCGACCCGAAGACCAAGAUGGUGAACAUCAAGGCCAAGGCGAUGAUCGUGAACGGGGAGCGGUACCUCCUGGCGGACACGGGCGCCACGCACGAGCUGAAGGGCGUCGAGGACUUCGACGACCUCGGCGACGACGUGCGGACGGUGCAGCUGGAGACGGCCACAGGCUCGCAUGAUGCGCGCAUGGUCGGCGACACAGUGUUUGUACUAGGUGAACAUCUACAAGGUUUAUUCCCACUUGCGUCGUACGUGGAGUCCAUGGGGUUGGAGAUGGAGUGGAACCCUCGGCGGUGCGGAGUGCACGUUGGGAACGAGUUCGUCGACCUCCACCGGGAGAACGGCAGCAUCUACAUCAGCGAGAAGAACGCCGAGAUUCUUCGAGCGGCUCGCCGGGCCCAGCUUCGGGAGAAGUUCAGGGCCUCUAUGGCGGCUUUGGCGACGAGCCUCAGGACUUUGACGAAGCUCCGCGAGCGCCAGGAGGGCGGGCGCAUUCACUUCGACGUGAACUGCCCGCAGUGCCGCGGCGCCCACGGUAGGAUGUGUCAGCAUUUCCGCCACGAUGCCAGUGCGCGCCCGGGCGGGCAAUUGAGCAUCGACCUGAGCGGGCCGCACCUCCCGGGGCGCUGGCCAUCGGGACGGUCCGAGGACACGGGCAGGAUGGCGCAGCACUUCGUCUUGGGGGCGUUCUCGGUGGUGACCGCAGCCGACAUGCAGAGUCGAGCUGAUCGUGAAGCAGAGGCUCGCGAGGCAGCCGGAGUACCCGAUGAUGUGCCCGAGGUCAGCUCCACGGGUGUUGCUGUUGAUGGCGAUGUCAGGCAGCUGGCUGCUCGAGUCGCUGCCGCAUUUGAGGUGUCGGAGCUCGGUGAGCUGCGCCUCAGAAGCGACUACCCGGGCCUGAUGGCAGUGAGGCCCGUGCAGGCGCCCGACCGCCCCCAGGACGAGGAGGAGGAUGCGGAGGCCGAGGUCGCACCAGGGGGCGCCGGAGCCAGCUCGGAGCCCGCCAAGACGUGGUAUUUUGUGGUGCCCUUGGAGAACAAGCGCUUCGAGACGUGCAAGAAGGGGCUGGAGCAGAUCUUGGCCAUGAUUCGGUCCGAGUUCGAGGGCGCGAACGUGGUGUACCGCAUCCACGGCGACAGGGCGAGCGAGCUGACAGGCACCAAGUCGAAAGAGCACUUCGCGAAGCAGGGCAUCCUGGUCACCAGCACGCCGGGGUACGAGCCGAACAACAACCCCCGCGCGGAGAAGGGGAUCGGCCUCGUGAAGUUGAGGGCGAGGGCGAUGCUGCUGAGCUUCACGGACCCCCGCGACAGGCAGGACCUGUGGCCCAUGGCGGUGCAGCACGCGGCCUGGUGCAGCAGGAUGGCGGCUCAGGGGCGGCAGACGAACUGCCCUGCGUUCGGGGCCAAGGUCAGCUCGAGGGUGAAGGAUUUGCCCCACGACAUGCUGAGCGAGAGAGCGGUGGACAGCAUCUUCCUCGGCGUUGACCCCGAAAGCGCGUGGCUGGUUGGGCGAAUCGACCCGAAGGCUUCUCGCCCCGAGGCGCGCUGGGUGAUCGAGUCCUCGAGCUCGUUCGUGAUCCACCCGGAGGCGGCGGUGUUGCCGAAGGAGCCGGAGAGCGCGGCAGAUGAGCGAGGAGCCAUACGAGGGGCGAGCAUUGCCGGCUCGGCCCACUUCUUCGGGACGACGGGAGUCCAGGUGCUUUUGGGCGCGGAGGUGGUGACAUCUACUCGUGCCCAGCGUGCCGAGGACGGCAUGUCGCACAUUCUCGUGGCCAUCGGUGCCGACUCGGGUCAGGAUCAGGGGGAGGACGUGCAGGAGGAGCUCAUAGGACGGGAGGAGGAUGACGACGACGACAUUCCACUUAUCUUCCAGGAGAUCCAGCGCGAGAGCGGUAUGACCCUGACGACGAUGAAGACCCUAAGUGCUGCCUUCGGAUCGGAGCGCGAGGAAUGGCGCCAAGCUUUGGAGGCGGAGCUCAUCUCCAUGACUGAGAAUGAGGUCUUCAGGAAGCUCUCGGGCCCAGAGCUGCGAGAAGCACGGCCUCGAGACGUGCUUCCUAUGAAGGUGGUGGCUGGGGAGAAGGCUGCAGAUUCUACCGGAUACCGGAAGAAGAAGGCCAGGGGCGUCGUGUGCGGCAACUUCGAGGUCGAGUCGGACGAGCCGGUGUACUGCAGCAAUUUGGACAUCGCAUCGCUGAGGGCUUCAUUGGCGGUGGCCUGCAAGAAUGGCUGGAGCCUCGGGGUCAUGGACGUGUCGACCGCGUUCCUGAACGCUCAUUUGCCUAUGGGGCACAAGCGUGUCGUCGUCAGGCCGCCUGCUGUUUUUGUCGGGUACGGCUUGGUUCCGGAGGGCGAGCUGUGGGUGGCGGAGAAGGCCAUCUACGGACUGAGGGUCAGCCCGAAGGCCUGGAGCGACAAGCGGGACGCUGAUAUGAAGUCGCUCGUCGUGGAUAUCGGGGGCGAGCCGCGCGUGCUGCGGCAAUCGGCUGCUGAUCCGGCGGUCUGGGCCGUGGUGCCGCAGCAGGGCGGCGACGUCGUUGGCUACGUGCUGGCGUACGUGGACGACUUCUUGAUGAUGGGGUCGGACUCCGCAGUGAUAGCCUUGAGGGGCCAGCUGGGGAAGCUCUGGCGCACGAGCUCGCAGCCGAUCGUGAGCAGGUCGGCACCCGGCACGCUCUGGUACCUGAGCAUCGACAUCGAGCUCAGGGCCGACGGCGCUCUGACGCUCGGGCAGCGCCAGUACGCCGAGGAGCUGCUCGAAAAGUGGGGGAUGCUCCAUUGCAAUGGGACGGGGAGCAUCAACUUCGAGAAGGAGUCUUUCGAGCACUUCAUGGCCACCUCCUCCAGGGGCGAUGGCGACGACGACGAGGCACCUGAGGUGAAGCUGUCCGAUGUCCGGCUGGCCCAGAAGAUGGCCGGAGGCCUUUUGUGGCUGGCCUCCCGGACGCGCCCAGACAUAGCGUGCGCCGUGUCGCGGGUGGCUUCGAUAGCGACCGCCCGCCCGCUGACGAGCCUCUGCUUCGGCAAGAAGGUCUUGAGGUACUUGUCCAGCACUCGCCGCAUGGGGCUCUACUACCUCCCCGGCGGCGGAGGCGGAGGUGGAGACGACCAAGGCGACGGCGGCGAGCAGGGCCCUGAGGCCGCCUUCGUCCAGACGUUCGCGGACGCUUCCCACGAGGACGUGGGAACCCAGACAGGGUUUGCUACGUAUCUUGACGGCUGCCUGAUCGAUUGGAGGUCGGUCAGGCAACAAGUGGUAGCUUUCUCCACUUGUGAAGCCGAGGUCAAUGCACUUGCCAUGGGCGAGAGCAUGCAAUCGUCAGUUGUGGCAACUCUGGAGAGCAUGCAGAUCAAGUGCGGUGCCGUUCUGUAUGGAGAUAACAGCGCCGCCAACCAGAUUGCGACUGGCAGGGGGACGUGGCGCACGCGGGCCCUCUCGACCAAAGUUAACGCGAUUCGUUCGCGUGUCGAGCGAGGUCUUUUGACUCUCCAGUUCGUCGCCACAUCUUUUAUGAAGGCCGACGGGCUGACGAAGUGCGGCGGAGUACCGCACGCGCAGCGCACCAGAGCUGCGGCCGAGAGGUUCGUCUCGCGCGGUGCCUGCCUCAGGCUCGCGAGGCACUGCGGCCAUGGCGUGCGCCCCCGUGUCCCCGACUGCGUCUCCGGCGGUGGGCGUUGGUGGUGCAGCUCGAGUUCGUGUCGGACUCUGGCUUGGUCGUCGAAGAGCCUGUGCUGCGGCUGCGUUGCGCAGGCCACUCCGUGGGUCAGGGUGUGCUCGCGGUCGCCUUCGCAUGCGCCUCGUUCUGGGGCCGAGGCUGGGGCUGCUGCCGAGGGCGACGGCUGGUUCGCGCAGCCCCGCAGGCGUCAGGCUCGCUGCAAGGCGCGGGCUUCGACUCGCGCGGCCUCGGGGAACAGCGGCCGCAGCUGCGCCGAGGUGGCCGAGGGCAGCGCCGAGCGCCCCGGGGGCAGCGGCAGCCCUGCCAGCGAGGUCCAGGGCAUCAUCGCCUCCACUGAGCGCCUCGAGGGCCUGCGCGACGACCCUCCGCUGGGGGUGUCGGCCAGCUUCGGCGCGGAGGUCGAGGCCCGGCUGGCAAGCGGGCAAGGCGAGCUGGAGAAGGCCAGGGCGGCAGGCAAGGGCGAGAAGCGCCUCGGCAGGGCCCGCGAGGCCAUCGAGGCCAAACGCUUGGCACGAGAGCAUCUCGUCGAGCAGCUCGCGGCCCUCGACGGCGAGCUGGAGGGGGGUGGGGAGGCCUUCCGCCGCCUGGAGGCCGACGCCCGGGCGGCUGCGGAGGAGGGGCGGGGGCGCCAGGCGGCCGAGCUCGCCGCGUGCCUGGCCUCUUCGCGCAGCUCCGGGCUGCAGGCCGCGCAGCGUGGUGGCAACUUCGAGUGCGCGUGGGCCGAGAUCGAGAAGAUGGCGGCGGUGGGCGCGCAGCUCUUGGGGGCCAGCUCCACGCCGCGCGAGGCCUGGGCGGGGAGCUGCCCCAUCGAUGAGCUUGACAUCGGCGGGGGGGGCCCUCCUGGCCUCGGCCAAGGCGACGGCGCCCUGGCCGACAGCUUUGACCCGAGGGGGGUCGGCCAGGCGGGCCACCCCACAGGCCUGAGGGGCGGCGGUCAGGAAGAGGGCAGGUGCGGUGGGAUUCGGCCUCGCGUCGUCACAGCACGUGCCCUCGCCGGCGGCUGGGAUGCGCAGAAGGGCUUGUCAGCUCAGGAGGCUGGCGGCUCGCGGCGCGCGACGGCGGCGGACGCCAUCAUCGGGGGCAGGGUGUGCGACCUCGACCCGGCGGCGAAGGCGCCGACUGCCGCCUUCGCUGAGGCCCUCGCCAGUGGCCUCGUCGUGCUGGGCUGCAGCGACAGCGGAUGGCGACGCUCCCUGGAGGUGUUGGAGGACUACGCCCGCUUGUGGGGCGCCUGGCCGCACGUCGUAACCUUCCAGGAGACCGGGCUCCUAGCGCCAAGCAAGUUGGGACUGACAACCUACCUGGACCUACUGCGAGCGGUGGCGCAGCUCACCGUGGCAGCAGGGCGCGCGCCGUGGCUCCUGCAGGCAGACUUCAACAUGGAGCCAGCGACGUUGCAGGAGCUCAGCUGGCCAGAGUGCCACCGCGGGGUGAUCGUCGGACCGUGGGCGCCCACCUGCUUCGCCGAGAAGCAGGAGAGGGCCUUCGACUGGUUCGUUGCGUCGCAGGACCUUGCGCGCGCGGCGAGCGCCUGUCGCCCCGUGCCUGGGCUCGGACUCCACCCCCGCGCGCCCGUGGAGCUCGCCCUCCAGGGCGCGAGGCCAGACGCGCUGGUCCAUGUCCUGAGGCGCCGCCAUCGCGUGCUUCGCGCCGCCGUCGCGCGCGAGCUGCGGUGCGCGAGCGACUUGGCGCGGCAGCGCAUCGAGCGCCUGGUCUACGAGCUGGAGACUGCAGCAAGCGGUGGACACGGCUUCGACAUCGGCGGCGGCUGGGAAGAGCUGAUCCACGACGCGUGCGUCUGCGGCGUCGCGGAGGCCGCCGCGGUGCCGCGUGGGCGGCUGGCUGCGGCGCGCCGCUACGACGCGCGCAGGUCGCAGGCAGAGUGGGGAGAGUGGGCGGAGGUGGCGGUCCAGAGGGGCGGUCGGCUCGCGCGCCGCUUCGCCGGGGCCACCGCCCCCCCUGCCGUCCUAGACCCUGACCCAGGGAGGCUGCUUGAUGGCAUGGCCUCCGUCCUGCAGCUCAGGCAGGAGUGGCAGCGCCUCCGGCUUCAGGACGGCUGCGACGUUAAGCUCCGCCCGCGCCUGCUGGACCUCGUGCAGGGGUUCGAGAACGCCCCCUGCAAGGUCUGGGCCGCGGCGACCAUGGUCGUCUUUAUCUCGGGGCCCUCGGGCGGCGUCGGGCCCAUCGCGCUGCUUCCGCUGAUGCUGCGGCUGUGGGGCUGGGCGCUCAACGCGGUGGCCUCGCACGCCCAGGGCCAAGGGGUGGCGGCGGCCUCCUUUUUCGUGGACAUCUCCAAGUUCAGCGAGAAUAUUCGGGACGACGUAUUGUGGAGGGCGGCCGUGAAGCACAAUUUGAAGUUGCCGAGAGGACUCCUUGUCAGUUGCCAGAGCCCGCGCUGCGUGGCCAUGGCUGGCCUAUGCGCGGCAGCGCUCACCACCGGCGGCGCGACCCUGGCUAGCUGUUUGUGCGCCAAAUCGCUUGCCAAGCUACCGAUGCUGUGCCCUCUCGUGGCAAUGGCGAUGGGCCGCCCCCUCGUCUGCCCCAGGAACGUGUUCGACCGCGUGUUCUCCAGGCCACUGGCACGGGCGGCGCAGCGGCUCAGCGACGCGGGGGCCCAGCUGGUCUCCAUGUCGAUGGCGCAGCAUCUGCCAGUCAACGCGUCCAAUGCCCAUUUCUUGACCAGCAACCCCGCAGUGGCGCGCGGGCUGAGAGGCAGGCAGCAGCACCACGGCUGGACCUGCAGCCAGGAGCUGCAGGCGAGGAGCCUCGGCACCGACGCGUGCAUGGCGCGCGGAGGGGUUGCGGAGAGCUCGGCAAGGGCGCGGCAGGGGCACGAGCCGACGCUGUCUUCAAGGGAGGGGGCCGUCGUCGGCAUCCCAGACGGCGACCUGCGCUGCAUGCGCAUCGCGGCGCGCAGGAGCGCGGGGCGCCUGCCUAACGGUGCGCCCCUGGGGCUGCGGCUGCACGCGGCCGCGGCGCUGCGCGGCAGCGACCUCGACCCCGAGGUGCUUGCGGUGGGCAAGGCCGCGUCGAUGGCGGCGGUGGCCCUGCUGAGCGGCGCCGUCUCGCAGUCCGCAUUCGUAGCGGAUGUGAACCGAGCUGCCAUCCGCCAGCAGGGGCUGGCCUGCCAUGCCAAGGGUGGGCGACAUCGCCACCCGCUCUUCUGGGGCGUCAUUGCGGAGUUGAUCGGGCCCGGACGCCACGUCCUGCGCGUGGACUGCGCCUCCACUGUCUCCCGCCUGAGGCGCGGGCGCCAGUGCGCCGCUGGCAUGGGCCGACCUGGCGCGCACCUCUGGAGCAGGUUCUUCGCAGUCUUCGGUCCUGAUGAUUACGGCGCCCGCAAGGUGCCGGCCCACCUGACAUGGGCACAGGCGCAGGGGGGCCGCGUCUCGGAGCUGGAGUGGCGUGGCAGCAGGUCCGCGGACAUGCCAUGCUCGGCGCGUCGCCCCAUGCCGUCCCGCAGGAGGUGCUGGUGCACUGCAGGGUCCUCGCGCUGGUCGUUGCGGGGCUGGCGUUGGGUCGCGCAGGUGUCCAUCUUGAUGCAGCGGGGCAGCCCCCGCGACGCGCUGGGCCUGCCUGAUGGGCAGCAGAGGAAUCGGCCCGUCGUGACCUUCGAGGGCGACCCCAGCGGCCUCCCCGCCGAGGCGGCGGCCGCAGGAACUGCGCCCGAGCGGGGGCGCUCCAUUGCAUCGGCGACGUCGGGCCUCGGCCUCGGAGCAGGGCCCCUCAUCGUGCUGGGCAAUUGCUUCCGCUAUGCGACGGCAGACGGCGCGGACGAUGGCGCCGCGGAGCGCUUGGUCAGUUGCAGCCGCUGCGGCGCCCGCGCGGACAUCGACGGAGGCAGAGGGCCCAAGCUGCGCGCCGAAUGGGGCCCAGGGGCAGGGGCGGGCGCGACCAGCUCAGCUUCGGGGAGCGUAGGCAGCGCCCUGGUGCGGGCGGUCUGCUGGCAGAUGCUGACCGCGUGCGAGGCAGUCCUCGCGGAGCCGCUCGCGGACGACCAGCGGGCGCUGCUGCGGCGCCCAGAGGGCUUCGCCGUCCUCCCGAUGCCUCAGGCGUGCUUCGCCGCCGCGGCGUACGCGGGGGAGCACCUGCUGGAGCUCGCGGCGCACGACUUCCCCCAGCUGCCGUGCGCCGCGGAGGCGCCCCCGCCAGACGACGCGUGCGAGGCGGGCGGGUCAGGCAGGCGCCGCAACCGCCGCGGCAAACGCAGCCGCCGCGGCCGCGCCGACUUGGCCGCGCCUGGCCGCUGCGCGGACGAGGCGUUGUGGAGCAGCCACGACUUCCCGCCGCUCGCGGCGCGCCAUGGCCAGGACGACGCCGGCAGCCCCGGCGAAUGCGAGCCCGGCCCCGCGGGCGCCCCGCCAGCUGCCUGGGGCCCGGGCGCGGAGCCGGCCGGCAGCGCGUGCGAGUUCUGCGAGGACGACCAGGGGCGGCGGAAGCUGCUGGAGGCGGAGCUCGACGCCGCCGACCAGGAGCGCCAGCGCUCGCUCCUGCUGUGGCUCCUCUCGGAAGCCCGCGGUCUCGCGCUGUCGCGGGGCGGCUGCUUGGUGCUGCAGCGGGCGCUCGAGGUGGCCCAGGCUCCCGAGCGGCGCCGCCUCGCGUCGGAGCUGUACCCCCACGCGGUGCAGCUGUACGAGUCGCCGCACGGGAACCACGUCGUCACCAUGCUCAUCAAGCUCCUGCCGCCGCCAGCGCUGCAGCCACUCAUCGAGAGGCUCCAGGAGAAGGGCGCCCCAGCGAUCGCCAGGCACCAGUACGGCUGCCGCGUUCUCGAGCGGCUGGUUGAGCACUGCCCCGCGGCGCAGAUCGCCCCGCUGCUGGACGAGGUGGCGGCCGACUCCGAGGACCUUCGGGGAGGGGGCCUGAGCCUGCACCCGUACGGGAACUUCGUGAUCCAGCACAUCCUCGAGCACGGUUCUCCUUGUCUCCGUCGCCUGUUGGCCGAGCGGCUGCUGCCGGUCGCCCCGCGCUUGGCCACCCACCGCACCGCCAGCCACGUGGUGCAGCGCGUGCUCGACUUCUGCGACGGAGGCUCUGCCCUGGUCCGCUCGCUCCUGUUCUCGCCGAGCCCGCACUCUCUGGAGGAGGUCGCCUGCAACCGCUACGGCUGCCACGUCGUGCGGCAGCUGUCCGAGCUCCGCGACGCGGUGAGCCGCGCGAUGGUGCAGGAGAGCGCCUGGCGGCCCACCUGCCCUUCCUGGAGGCCUCCCAGUUCGGCCGCCGCGCCCUGGAGGCGUUCGAGCUGGUGGCGCCGCUGCCCGCGGAGGCGCCGGCCGUGGACGGCGACGGAGCCGACCUCGAGUCCUGAAGGCCUCUGUGCGCAGCUCCUCGGCCCGCCGCCUCUGUGCCCGGCCUGGCCCGCGUGGCCCAGCCCUUAGCCCAGCCCCCUCGCGCGGAGGCGGCGGGCGUGGCCGCGAGAGGCGCUCUCCUGGCCGCGGGGCGUCGAGCGUCGAGGGUGAGCCGCGGAAGGAAAAAUGGGGCCGACGGCGCCGUCGUCGGCGCGCAAAAGCUGCCCGCGGCAGUUCGCGCGUGGGCGCCUGCGUUUCCAGAGCGGCGUGCCACGCCAGCGGCCCGCGUGAGCCGCGGCGUGCCAUCUCGCGCUCGGUUGCACUUCUUGGGAGGUUGAAUUCAGCAUCGGCGCUGGUGCAGCGCACGCUCCCUUCCUCG